AUGCCAGAUAUGAGCGACCAAAUUUUCCAGGUUAUCGAGUUGGAAAAGGAAAAUCAAGAUGGAAAAAUGAUACUAGGCUGCUCUGUCGGUGGAGGAAUCGACCAAGAUGAAUAUCAAAAUCCAUUUAGCAAAGGAGACAGUGGAAUCUUCGUUUCAAAAAUCAGAAGGCUAAGUCCAGCAGACAAAGCAGGACUUGAAGUUGGAGACAAAAUUGUCGAGGUGAAUGGAAAACAGUUGACAAAGAUAAGCCACGAAAACGCGCUGAAAUUGCUGACAAAUGACGCUGAGGAGUUUCUUGAGCUAAAAGUGAUGCGAAAUAUGGUGACUGAUGAUCCGCGAUUGAUGAUGAAACGAGCUGCUGUCGAAUUCAAGGUCGCUCGCUCUAGCCGAUUUAUGGAGUAA